UUGUAACAUGGCGGCCUCCUGUGUGUACAUACAAGGCAUGCGUUUUUGUUGACUCGUUUUAAAGCGCCUUGGUGGGUGUAAGUCGAAACAUUUUGGAGCAUUCGUUUUAGUGAAGAAGGACCGAAGCAAUUUCAGCCACCGCUGAUAUACAACGGACGCAAGAACAGAGAAGCAACAGCUGCCAGCGACCCGAGGUGCUGUGAUGUCCCCGGUCUCCCGCAGACUUGGCCAACCGCACCGACGGAGGAAACACUACCCCAGUAGCACCUACCACACCAACGUUUGACAAACAUCGUGUUUUGGGGUGGGGGCAACCUAGUCCUCAUCAGACCGCAACGACAGGUGGUUUCAGGCAUUGCUCUUCUAGGGGGAAUCCCUUGCGUUGUGAGGCUAGGAGGUGCGGUGACAUGUCAGCAACCCAGCCGUGCAGUGACGGCGGCGGAGUGUCGGUGUCAGGCCAAGAGGCAGAGGGAGACGGAGAGCCACCCAACGAGUUGCCAUCACCAUCCCAAGAUGCCGGUGCCCAGGGGAGUGAACUUGACUCAAUGGGUCCAGAAGAGGAGGUGCCCCCUGCUGCCAAACAGCCACGAUUGGAUAGCAACGAGAUGGCUUUGAAUUUAGAGAUCAGCAAAACGCCAGCAUGCCUGCAAGACCAGGGACACCAGAACCAUGGCUCAUCACUUGACUUAAACACAGAUGGCGCUCAUCCUAGUGACCAGGAGAGGAUUGAUGGAGGAGAAAGUAGGGCAGUAGCAACAGGGGAAGGAGGAGGAGCAGAAGAGAUAGAAGAGGUAGAGGUGGAGUGGCGGCAGAAUGGAUCCGGAGAGGAGGCUGCUGUGGCAGCAGAGGAUCAUGGGAAUGAGACAAACGGCGCCGACUGUUCUGAAUGUACUCCCACAGAACAACAGCACCUGGCUCUUGAGUUCAACCAGAACCCCCAAAUGUUGACAGGGUCUUGGGCGGAGUACACGACCUCCCCAGAGAACUACCUCAAAGGCUGCAAGUGGGCACCCGAUGGCUCGUGUGUGCUGUCCAACAGUGCAGAUAAUAUACUGCGGGUCUACAACCUCCCUCCUGAGCUCUACAGCAACAACUGGGACCUGCUCACCGAGAUGACUCCAGUGUUGCGGAUGGCAGAAGGCGACACCAUCUACGACUACUGCUGGUUCCCCAAGAUGAGCUCUCUGGACCCAGACACAUGUUUCAUUGCAAGCAGUAGCCGUGACAACCCGGUGCACAUUUGGGACGCCUUCUACGGUGACCUCCGUGCGACCUUCAGGCCCUACAACCACCUGGACGAACUGACGGCGGCCCACUCGCUCUGCUUCUCCCCCGACGGCUGCCAGCUCUACUGCGGCUUUGACAAGAUGGUGCGCAUCUUCCACACCGACCGCCCUGGCCGAGACUGCGAGGAGAGACCCACUACUGUGAAGAAGCAGGGCCAGGGUGGCAUCAUCUCCUGCAUGGCGUUCAGCCCGUGCCAGUCGCUGUACGCGUGCGGCUCUUACUCGCGCACCGUGGGCGUCUACUCGUGCCAGGACGGCGAGCUGCUCGCACUGCUGCCCGCGCGCCACCAGGGGGGGAUCACGCACCUGCUCUUUGCGCCUGAUGGACACCACCUGUACACGGGGGCCCGCAAGGACCAUGAGAUUCUUUGUUGGGAUCUGAGAAAUCCAGGUCGGGUUCUGUUCUCCGCCCACAGGAGUGUAAACACCAACCAGCGCAUCUACUUCGAUCUGGAUCCAACGGGCAGGUACCUGCUGAGUGGCGAUACUGACGGAAUGGUGUCAGUGUGGGACACACUCACAGCACCCCCGGAUGGCCAGGAGGAGGUACUGCAGCCUCAUCUCCAGUUCCAAGCACACAGGGACUGUGCCAACGGCAUGAGUGUCCAUCCCUUCAUGCCCCUGCUGGUGUCGUCCAGUGGCCAACGUCACUUCCUGUGUCCGGGGGACCACAGCGACAGCGACUCAGGCUCCGACUCAGACGACGACGACGACAACAAUGGCGUUAUGCCGCCAUCGUCAGCCGAGGGCGCGGCCCUCCCUCGAGACAACGCCCUCACCAUCUGGUGGUCUGGGCCGCUGGCAUCCGUUGCCGAGGGAGCGGGCGGAGCUGAGCCGAACCAAUCAGCAAGGGACAACUGACUUGUCGCCCCCCCCCCCCCCCCCCCUCAAUACCCUUCACUAUUGUACUUAACCAAACAUCUCCACUGCCAUUUUCAAAAAACCUGUUUUCAAAAAGUGUUUUAAAUCUAUCUGCCGGGUGUCUGAGUGAAGUGAAGUAAGCUGUGCUUUACUCUUAAACUCAUAAAAGGCCUAUUUCCUCUUACUUUUUUUUUGUGGAUCGAUGAUACAUUGAUGUGAACUUUGUUCAACUGAUUUUCUUUUAAAGUAUGUGCUUGUUAAAUUGACAGAAUAGGCUCUUGAGAAAUGUCUUUCGAAGGAGACACGUGUCUUUCAGAAGCUCCUUUGUGAGUGGGUUUUUUUUUUUUUUGGUCUAAAGAAAACGGUUGCGGAUUACUAUGGUGACGAGCAGCCUUGAGUCGUGUUGAAUAGAAUGAGAAUGUUCUAGAAGAGUGUUCUAGAGCGCAAUUGUCUCUUAAUGAAAGACCAACCUCAAUCGCAAGGCAAUCUCCUUCACACAUGUGAACUGUAGUCGUGCUCGGCGGGGACAUGUGAUCCAAUGUUAUUAACGUUAAAAAAGUCUUUUGAAGUGUUCUAAGAACCAGUACAAGAUUUGAACACUACCAACAACGAGGGCCACGGGUAAAGGAAAAAAAAAAAACGUCCCACAUUCUGUCUUUGUGAACCGUACGCAGUUCUUUUCAAGUUAACGUCAUUGACAUUGAAUUAGGCGAUUACGGCUCUUGUAGGUUUGAGAGCCUGGUUAUAUCACAUAUUAGGUUAUCGCAGCACAGGUUUAAAUUGCUGGAUCAGAUUUGCACCCUUCAUGCAGAAACCAUCUGUUAUGGCAGGAAGGCGUACAGGAGAGAGUGUCUGUGUGCUUGUUGCUGUGAAUGUGAACGUCAUGAACUAUGUGCUCGUUGGAAGUUUAGCCUCCUGCCUCUCAGCUACUCAGGAAUGGAUUGGAGACAGACCGUGUGUGUGUGUGUGUGUGUAUACACCGCAUUAUCCUUUCUUUACAGCCCUUGCUUAACCCCAGGUCCCCUAUCGUGACUAUGUGCUUUACCACCUCUUAGAUUGUACUGUGCGUUAUCGGUCACUAGUUAAGUGCCAUGUCAGGCCAUUCCAGCGUGCUUUGAAGAUUGUUCGCUCAGGGUGCGUUAGUUGUUGUGGUUAGUGCCAAGGUGAAGCUGUGUGCGUGAGUGGGAGUGUUUGAGCGCUCCUAGAUUUUCUGUGCAGAGUUCUAGAUGCUGAAUGUGUACACUAUCACCCAGGAAACGAUCUGCUCAGUUCCGAUGCUUCAUAUUGCCUUUCAACCACUGAGCGUACAUACACACUGGUAUAAGAUUAUUUUGGAUUAACAAAAGGAGUGCGUAAAUGAUAGUGUUUUUGCUUUGUUUUAUUUUUUAAGAAAACAGUGAAAAGAUGUGCAUUCGUGUAACUUCAGCCUACAUGUUAUGAAGCAGUGGUGUGUGUGGUGACAUUUGCAUGUCUGAUUUAUUUCUAUUGUUAGAAUAAGAAUGGGCAUAACGUGGACAUCAUUUGUGCAGCUUCCUCCCUUUGUGUGCUGAGGUCAUAGUUCAGGAAAAGCCAGCUUUUAAGACAAACACCUGAAAUCACUGACCCUGAUUAUCUACUCAAAGAUGAA